AAAGGUAGUAAAAUAUAUGACUUCACAUGUAAUGAUCAUGAGUACUCCUAUGAUGUGUACAUUUUUGGGAGUAAUAAGGAAAGGUUCAUGGACUGAAGAAGAAGAUAUUCUUUUGAGGAAAUGUAUUGAUAAGUAUGGAGAAGGAAAGUGGCAUCUUGUUCCAACUAGAGCUGGAUUAAACAGAUGCAGAAAAAGUUGUAGACUGAGGUGGCUAAAUUAUCUAAGGCCACAUAUCAAGAGAGGUGACUUUGAACCAGAUGAAGUGGAUCUCAUCUUGAGACUUCAUAAGCUCUUAGGCAACCGAUGGUCACUUAUUGCUGGUAGACUUCCAGGAAGGACAGCUAACGAUGUGAAAAACUAUUGGAACACUAACCUUCUAAGGAAGCUAAAUACUAGUACUAAAUUUGCUCCUCAACCACAAGAAGGAAUUAAUACUAGUACUAUUGCUCCUCAACCACAAGAAGGAAUUAAGUAUGGGCAAGCCAAUGCCAUAAUAAGACCUCAACCUCAGAAAUUCACAAGCUCCAUGAAGAUUAAUGUCUCUUGGUGCAACAACAAUAGUAUGGUAAAUAAUGAAGAAGCAUCGAAAGACAACAACGAUAUGCAAUGGUGGGCAAAUAUACUGGAAAAUUGCAAUGACAUUGGAGAAGGAGAAGCUGAAAGAACACUACCUUCAUGUAAGGAAAUUAAUUGCAAUGAAAUUGAUAAAAUACCAAGUUUGUUACAUGAUGGAGGCAACUCCAUGCAACAAGGACAAAGUGAUGGUGGUUGGGAUGAAUUUUCUCUAGAUGAUUUAUGGAAUCUACUUAAUUAGCGGGUGAUUUACACGAAUGACCUGAGAGGUGAAUGGUCUUGAACUUUUGAUUUCGCUUGUCUUAUCCUACUGAUAAAACUUCAAGUUUUACAAGUCCUUAUUUUUAUUCUUGAAGAUUUGCCUAUGGAGUAAAUUGAGGUAAAAAAUUCGAGACCACUCAUAUAAUUAGGUGCAUGGUCUUUGUAUUAUCUACGUGUGUACUUUUGUGUUUUUAAGGUGAUCAAGUUUAUAGUGGAAUGUGAAAGUAUUCCAAGUGUGAAGUAUGUAAUAUGAUAUAUGAAAUGAAGUGAGUAUUAUAUUAUAUUA